AUGCUUGCCUCAAUCGUCACUUUGGUUCUUGCUACUGCAGCAUUCGCCAUGCCAGCUAAUAACGCAGUCCGCGCUGCACCUGACCCAAGUCAAGUUACCUUAAACAACAUUGUUUAUGGUGGCAGUGGUUGCCCUCAAGGUUCCGUCGGCUCUUACAUCUCUCCUGAUCGUCAAACCUUCACGUUGAUCUUUGACCAAUAUGUUGCAGCCAUCGGCCCAGGAGUUGCCGUGUCGCAGAGCCGCAAGAACUGUCAAUUGAACCUUGAUCUCAAGUAUCCAGGUGGCUUCCAGUACAGCAUCCUCAACACUGUUUACCGAGGCUAUGCUGGACUUGAUGCUGGUGUCACUGGAGUGCAAUCCACUACCUUCUACUUCUCUGGCCAAACUGCUCAGACCACCACUUCCACAACAUUCAAGGGUCCAGUAAGCGGCGACUAUGCAACCCAGGAUAGUGUUGAUCUCACCUCCACCAUCUGGUCUCCAUGCGGAAGCACUGCUGCACUCAACAUGAACUCCCAAGUUCGCUUGACUAGCCCAAACAACAACGCCAAGGGCCUGCUCACCGAUGACUCCAUUGAUGGCAAGAUCACCUUCGUUGUUGGUGUUCAAUGGCAAAAGUGUUAA